CGACGUAAAUUAACAACGACAACAAUAGGCUUGAUAUUUCAAAUAAUUUCUACCUUAAAGCUAUAAGCAAAUCUUUUUCUUUGAUGAACAUUCGUUUGUAACGAUUCAUCAAUUAAUCAAUCAUAUAAACAAAUUUUAUCUGCAUCUGAAGAAUUCUCAAUCUUUUAUUUAGCUUUUAUUCAAUGCCAUGAUUAAGUACUGCUUUUAUGAUAUAGCGAUUUAUAUUACAUUUCUAAGUUAAUUUCGUUUCUCAAGGAAACAUCAAUUACAUACAAAGUUAGAAACAUUAAAUUAUCAAUUUUUACAAUACAUUUCAGUCAAUUGGUUUAAAUGUAUGUUGAAAAAACAUGUCUGAUGCUAUAAAUUUCAUUGAAAAAUUGUAUCUCUCUGUUUAUAAUGACAGAAAAAUGAUAAAAAAACAUUUAGAAAAUGAACUCUUGGCACCUUUAUGUAUUUCUGUUCAAGAGCAAAUUUUAAAAGCUACAAUCCUGAAUCCGAUUUGCAUCAAGUAUCCUCCUCCUCAUUCCUUCAGGAAAAUGUUUCUUCGUAUACUCAUUGAUACGGUUGAAUAUCAAAAAGAAGAGUUCUCGGAAAAACUUUUAAAUGAAUAUACUGAAACCUUGUCUAUCUCUCAGGAUGAUGAAAAGAAUAUCAGUUAUAAUUCUUAUAUAAUUAAUCCAAACUGUGUCAUCACAUUGCAUGAAAAUACCUGUUUUGUUGCUAAAAGUACUACAGGUCUUCAAACUUGGGAAGCAUCAAAGUAUUUAGCUGAAUGGUGUAUAAACAAUCCAUCUCUUUUUACAGACAAAAAAAUUUUAGAGCUUGGUUCCGGCAUUGGACUUUUGGGUAUAACAAUCCUAAAACUAUGUCAACCAAAACAAUAUAUAUUUACAGAUAAAAGUUGGGAAGUUUUGAAUGUUCUUUCAUCAAACAUACAAAUUAAUGAGCUAGAUUUAAAAUGUGAUAUUCAGCAAAUUCCACUUGUAUGGUCCACAACCACUGAAAAUGAUGCUAAGAAACUGUCAUCUGAUAUUCUUCUUGGUGCAGAUUUAGUAUAUGACACUUCAAUGGUUGAAAGUUUAGUACAUGCUCUAAAAAUAUUUCUAUCAAAAGAAUCAACUUGCGCAUACAUUGCAUCAAAAAUAAGAGAUCCCAAUACAGAUAAAAAGUUUUUGCGCCAUCUUGAUUUAGUAGAUUUAAAGUAUGAGGUAUUGGAAAAUCAUAAAAAAUCCAUGUUUGUUUAUAACCCAGCAUCAUCAUUUGUACUCUAUAAAAUAAACUGUAAUUAGAAAUUUAUACCAUAUGUAAAUAAGUACUAAAGAGAUAAAAGAAAUUGCACAUUAAAA